GUGAGAGCAGAAGGGGAAGAAAACUGCAGGAUCAUGGCUGGGUUCCGAUCUGUGGCAUCCUGCCAGGCAGCCACUGAAAUCUUCAGAAAGUCAGCCUGUUCGGGGACUUUCUGCGAUUCCAGCUGAGAUUGCCUAGCUUUCCAUGAUGAUGCCUGAAUCGUAGCUGUACGGAUGGCGGCUGUCUGCCAAGUCAAUGUUCCGACAAGCGUGGUUACUCGGAAGCCCCGAGUUUCCAACGCCGCCCAGUGGCAUUUGGCAACAAGCAUCGGAGCAAGACCAGCAACAUAUCGCCUUGUGUUUAGAUGGCGUCCAGGAAUACUGUACUGCUUCCGCGCCGCCGGCUGGGCUCGAAGCGGCUCUGCCUUUGUUGACAAAGGAGCGGGGCGAUCGCGGGCUCCGCGCUCGGCUCCUUCCGCCUGCCCGCCUGCCAUUUCCUCUGCUCAUCGAUAGCUCGGCGCUCGGCCUCGUGACUGCCUGCCGCUUGGUGAUGGCGACUCCGCGGGCGGAGGCACGUGGCCUCUUCCGAAAAGGGGUCGAGGCUGUCCUGGGCAGCUGGCCUGCUCUGCAGCUCCCGCUAGAUGUAUUUCUAAGCCAUGAUGUGGGUUUUCUGGAAAACUGGAAAAUGUUUGUCGCAGUUGAAAAUGGCUUUGGAGGGGCAUACAGCCAAGAGAAAGCUGAAUGGAUGGUGGAGGCUGUGGAGCAAUACUUUCAAAGCAAUGCUGACUUGGAGCUGGAUGAGAUAGAAGAUUUCCUUGCCGAGUUGAUGAACAAUGAAUUUGACACUAUGAUAGAAGAUGGAAGCUUAGCUCAGGUAAGCCAGCAACUGCGCCUGUUCUUUGGUCAGUGCCAGCAGGGAGAGGGAGCAGCAGUGCACGAAGCCAUUGUCCGGCUGGCUCAGAAGAAGCAAGAGGCAAAGGUGGCAGCUGCAAAAUCAAAGCCAGCGGAAGAAAGCAGCAGUGAGGAGGAACAGGGGACGGAGGAAGAGGCUAUGGACUGCAGUGCUGCUCCCAGCAUGAAUGGAGCCCAGCCCAGCCCACCACCUUCCUCCGGUGCAGAUCCUGAAGAUGGCUGGACCUUGGUGAGGAAGAAAAAGAAAUGAAGAACAAGGGGCAGGCGCCACGACUGCAGGAGUUCUGGUUGAGCUGGUGCGGCAGGGACAUGGCUGGGGAAAUGGGAUUGUGUGAUUCCCCUCACCCCCAGCUGCAAGAGACUAAUAUUUAUUUUUAAAGCAUCAAAAGGAGCAACUUGGAUGACAGAGAUGUUUUUGGUCUCUGUGUGUGAGGCUUCUGCACAGGCCUAAGUAUAUUGUGCAGACACAGCUGCUUGGUACCUCUGCUCCUCACUUGGUAGAGGCUCUCCUGCGCUGAAGGGGAUGCAGGUUCAGGGCCCAAAGGGCUGAGGAUCCUUGAAGUGAUUUUCUUUUCAAUGCACGGGAGGCCAUCUUCCACCUCUGCCACCUCCUUGUGCUUAAAAACGGCUGUUUUAGCAGCAGGGUGGGUUCUUUUGCAGGGAAAUAUCUUCUUCCAUGGCAAGGCACUGAUUUCAACAUCUCCAUUGCCUCCUCUUCAACUCCCAGAAGACUAAAUCAGGCCCAUAUCUUCCCCCCAACCCCAUCCCGAAGGGAAAGAUUGCGUUCUAGACAUUAUUGAAACAGACAGAUAAGCAUAACAGAAAAACAAAAUUCUGUAUUUUUAAAAAAAAGACGACAAUGGAAAACCAAAUACAAUAAUGAAACUAGAAAGUAACAUGGACAAUACACAAAUCCUUGGUUGUGGGACAGGGCACUUCUCUCAAUAGAAGCCCCAUUCCCUAUCCUCUGUAGUGGCCAGCCACUGUACAUGAGCAACAAUAAAAUAUUAUUUUGGUAA